AUGCUGCUUGCCUUUUUUUGUUUAUAUACAGAUAUUUCUAAGUGCCAAUCUAAUCUAUGCCAACACAAUGGAGCAUGUAUCGAUAGAAUAAACAGUUACACAUGUAACUGUACUAGUGGUUUCAAUGGAACGAAUUGUGAACACGAUAUUGAUGAAUGUAAUUAUGAAAUUUGUAAUAAUAACGGCUUAUGUAUAAAUUUAUCGGGAGGUUAUAUAUGCGACUGUACAGAUGGAUAUACUGGUCAAAAUUGUGAAAGUAAUAUUGCAGAAUGUCAUUCUAAUCCAUGCCGUCAUAAUGGAACUUGUAUCGAUAGAAUAAACAGUUACACAUGUAACUGUACUAGUGGUUUCAAUGGAACGAAUUGUGAACACGAUAUUGAUGAGUGUAAUUAUGAAACUUGUAAUAAUAACGGCUUAUGUAUAAAUUUAUCGGGAGGUUAUAUAUGCGACUGUACAGAUGGAUAUACUGGUCAAAAUUGUGAAAGUAAUAUUGCAGAAUGUCAUUCUAAUCCAUGCCGACAUAAUGGAACUUGUAUCGAUAGAAUAUACAGUUACAUAUGUAAUUGUACUAGUGGCUAUAACGGAACAAACUGUGAACACGACAUUGAUGAGUGUAAUUAUGAAACUUGCAAUAAUAACGGCUUAUGUAUAAAUUUAUCGGGAAGUUAUGUAUGCGACUGUUCAGGUGGGUAUACUGGCCGAAAUUGUGAAAGUAAUAUUGCAGAAUGUCAUUCUAAUCCAUGCCGACGUGAUGGAACUUGCAUUGAUAGAAUAAACGGUUACAUAUGUUACUGUACAAGUGGCUAUAGCGGAACAAACUGUGAACACGACAUUGAUGAGUGUAAUUAUGUAACUUGCAAUAACAAUGGCUUAUGUAUAAAUUUAGUAGGAAGUUACAAAUGUAAUUGUUCAGAUGGAUAUACUGGUCAAAAUUGUGAAACUGAUACUAGAGAAUGUCAUUCUGAUCCAUGUCGACGUAAUGGAAUUUGUAUUGAUGGAAUAAACAGCUACAUAUGUAACUGUUCUAGCGGCUAUAACGGAACGAACUGUGAACAUGACAUUGAUGAGUGUAAUUAUGAAACUUGCAGUAACAAUGGCUUAUGUAUAAAUUUAUUAGGAAGUUAUAAAUGUAAAUGUACAGAUGGAUAUACUGGUCAAAACUGUGAAACUGAUAUUGUCGAGUGUCAAUCUAACCCAUGCCAGCAUAAUGGGACUUGCAUUGAUAAAAUAGGUAGUUACACAUGUAAUUGCUCUUCUGGUUAUAAUGGAACGGACUGUGAA